GGACACCUGACCAGUACUUCUUCAUUGGGUUUCAUUAAACGGAUGCCCCACUUCUUUCGGUUCCCCCUCUGACCGCAAUACAGCGUAAUCCGUUAUCGCACUGUACUGGGGGUCAACGAAUGAAAUACAAACCUGACCAUACGAGGCACAUCGAAGUUGGUGUAAGAGCUCGCUCUUCUCUCCUAUUCUCCCGGUUCCACAAUGCCCCCGGCAAAACCCACGCAAUCUUCGCGCAAUUUCCAUUGACGUGUACUAUGGACCCCUGCAUCAUCUUUACCGUUUCGAUCUAUGUAUUGGAAUGUCCAUGCACCAGUUUCACCGUUUUAACCAUUCCUUUCUGGCGAAUACACGUGCCAGGUCAGAUGGACCAACUCCGACGUCACACCGAAGAUGCAACGGCAGUGAAUCGUAACGAAGUCUGCUUGUACAAUCUAGCUCUGGAUGGACUGUGGCCAACAUAUAAAAGCAGCCCAUUUCUUACUCGUUUGUCUUCAGUUUACCCAGCCACCGCAGAGUCAACGAUCAUCAUCAUGACUAACCCAAACCCCUAUACCGUCUCCUACUUCAACACCAACGAUGGCCGUCGCCAGAUGUCCACUUUCCCCGACUCAACCGCCAAAGAGUCGUUCAUCUCGUACCUGGAGUCAAUUGAUGCCGUGGUAUACAGUGAUUGGUACAUGCUGGUGACGGACUCUGCCGUCGAUGAUUCCAUCAGCAGGACUGCCGAUUUGGGCGGAACUACGUACAACUUGCCGGUACGCAGCUAAAGGGAAGAAUGUUCACUGCAGUCAACUUGAAAACCGAAAGUAUUCUCUGGCACGAAGAUAAACUAAAACACCAAAAAAGCGUUUUCUUUUCUUUUCUCGACAUCGGACAUGGAUGAUCAGGCACAUCAUUCAUUUAUGUACUCGAUCUCCUCAAUAGUCAAAGUUGUUCGAUGUCCUAUGUACUUUUAUGAUAUUGUGCUAGAACUGAAUGUGAAUUGUUUGAUCGUUGC